UAAAGAUAAUAAACAAAUAUUUAAUUAAUUUUUAAAAAAUGUUUAGCAUACACUGCAUCAUGGAUACAAUAAUUAAAUUAGUUUCAUUGACACUAAUAUUGUCAACAAUAACAAUCAUUUGUUUAACAAUAAUAAUUCCAAUUUGGAUAAUUUAUUGGCGACAUGUAUUUAAAAAUAGACGUAAAUUAAAUAAAAAAAAAAAUCCAUCAAUUGGUAUAUUUCAUCCAUACUGCAAUGCUGGUGGUGGUGGUGAACGAGUACUUUGGAGUGCAAUUGAAGCUAUACAAAAAGAAUAUUCAAAAGUUAAAAUAAUUGUAUACACUGGUGAUUUAGAUGCACAUCCAGAAAAAAUGUUGAAUAAAGUUAAAAGUACAUUUGACAUAACAUUAAAUCCAAUUGAAUUUAUAUAUUUACAUAGAAGAAAAUGGAUAGAGGCUGAUUGUUAUCCAAGAUUAACACUACUAGCACAAAGUAUUGGCUCAAUAUAUUUAGGUUUUGAAGCAUUAAAAUCAUAUCAACCAGAUAUAUUUAUUGACACAAUGGGAUAUGCAUUUACUUAUCCAUUAUUCAAAUAUAUUGGUGGUUGUAGCAUUGGAUCAUACACUCAUUAUCCAACAAUAUCAACAGACAUGCUACGACAUGUAUAUCGUAGAGUUGAAUCACACAAUAAUCAUCGUACAAUUGCUAGAAAUCCAUUUUUAUCUGGUGCUAAAAUUUUGUAUUAUCAUUUAUUUGCAAUUUUGUAUGGUUUAAUGGGAAGUUGUGCUGAUAUUAUUAUGGUUAAUUCAUCUUGGACUGAGGAACACAUUAAUGCCAUAUGGAAAUGUCCCCUAAAAACACACAGGGUAUAUCCACCAUGUGAUAUUGUACGUCUUGUUAAUUUACCAUUGUUAAGUAAUGCUGAAAAAGGUGGUGUUAUUCGUAUAAUAUCUGUUGCACAAUUUAGACCAGAAAAAAAUCAUCAACUUAUGAUUAGAAUAAUGUAUGAAUUACGAUCAAUUAUUAAAGAUGAUUUAUGGAAAAAUAUAAAACUUGUACUUGUUGGAUCAUGUAGAAAUGAUGAUGAUAAAAAUAGAGUUAAAGAUAUGCAAGAUUUAUCAAAGUACUUUGCUGUUGAUGAAAAUGUUGAGUUUAAAUUAAAUUUAACAUACAAUGAGCUUAUUAAUGAAUAUCAAAUGUCAACAAUUGGUAUACACACAAUGUGGAAUGAACAUUUUGGUAUUAGUGUUGUUGAAUGUAUGGCUGCUGGUUUAAUAACAAUUGCACAUGAUUCUGGUGGUCCUAGAUCAGAUAUUAUUGAGACACAACAAGGUAGUCAAACUGGUUUUUUAGCUUGGAAUGCUAUUGAGUAUGCUAAUAUUAUUAAACACAUUAUUUCCUUGAGUGAUGAUGAUAAAAAUAAUAUUAUUAAUGCUGCAAGAGCAUCUGUCAGUAGAUUUUCAUGUGAAACAUUUGAAAGAGAAUUUCUUCGUACUGUUGCACCAUUUUUUAGACCAAAAUUGGAAUAAUUUAUUAAUUAUAUAUUAUUAUUUAAAACAAAUGUGAGUUAUUUUUUAUUUAUUUAUAUUUUCUACGUUUUUUUUUUU